AGCCACCCGCUGCCGUCUUGUCCCGUCCCUGUCUUGCCUGCCUGUGGUGAUACAAAAGGAUACAAGGCAAAGAGAGACAAUGUGCGGAGGUGGCCUUGCCACCAAACUCGCUUCCGAAUCAACUUGGGGAUUGGAUCUGCCUAAGUGCUACCUUAAGGUAGGGUACGUACCUAGGCAGGCUAGGAUUGCUAGGAAGAGGCUACGCCACCGGCCUAAAAAAGAAAUGAUUGAGGGACUGGCCAACAUUGUCUCACCAAAAACGACCACUUUCCCAAACAGGAGAGUGCGCCCGGAGCUAUGGCCCACCAUGGGAUCAAAGCCAUUGCAGAGUUUGGCUGGUUGGACAGUGGUUCGGUCUUGGCAAUGGACCUAGAUUUUUCGGUCGGGUCAGGCGGGGUGGAGAGUUGUUGUUGGUGUCGUCUCGUUUGUUCAAUUUGACAGAUAAGAGCAGGUAAUGAAAACAGAAAUGCGCCAGGCUGGAAACUGACCAAACGCGAGCAGUCAGCCUGGCUCCCUUCUCCCCUGCAUGUUUACUAUGUACUUUGACGGCAUGCAUCGAGAUGCCCCUUACCUCCUGGAGAACCUACCUUGCAUGGUUUCUUCUGACACCAGCUUAUCUCAG